GGGUGUUCGAACUUCGUAGCGUAAUAGUGUGUAGCAUGUGUAAUUAAAGUGUAUUAAUUAUAAUCAUAACUCAAUAGAGUUUUUUUAAAGCCUAAUUUAAAAUGCCAAAGCGUAAUUCAUAUACAGCCGAUUUUAAGCUGCAAGUUUGUGCAGUUGCUGCUGCAAAGGGCAAUAGAGCUGCUGGAAGACAGUAUGAUGUUGAUGAAAAGUCAAUUCGCGAAUGGCGAAAAGAUAUUGAAAGGCUACAGCAGAUUAAUCCCCAAAAAAGAGCUCGCCGAGGGAGAAAGGUUGGAUGGCCUCAGCUGGAGGUUUAUAAUCAGAUGUUCAUAAAGCAAACACAGCGAACUAUAGGAGGUAUAAAGACCCACCGUUUUGGCAAUACCAAUAUUCCAGAAAUUAUUCCAGUUUUUGACAUAAAAGAUGCAACUUUUGAUAUUGUAGUAGUUGUUACAGAUAAAUUGGAAAGGUUGGCAGGGAAUUUAGAUACAUUAAAAGUACCAUUAGAAAAUUACUCAAAGAUUGACAAAGCAUUUGACAAGCAACCUGUAUUGAUCAGUACUGAUGCUGUUCCCUCUGGAAGAGUGAUUUAUGCUGCUACUGGACCACUUGUUAGAGAUCAAGAUGAUGUUAGAAGAUUUGCAGAUGCUGCUGCAGCUGGAAUUAAAAGAGCUCUCAGUGCUGGUUGUAAACGUCCUUUGUUUGUUUGCCCAAAUGAUGAAACCUUUCAACAAUCUAGAAUGGUGUCCAAUUUGGCAAUUUUACAAUCUUUGUAUAAGCCUAUUGAACUACAUGAAGCAGGCAAAGCACUUGAAGUUGAUGCUUUAGGCCUCUGGUUUAGUGCUGAUCAAAUGGAAACCAACAAAAUACUGAAUGACUUGAUUGCUUUGGAACAAGGCAGGAUUGUCGCCAGAGACAUUGGAGGCUCAGAUCCUGAAAGAAUGACAGCAGCCAAAGUUUUGGCUUACUUAGAAAAUGCAUUCAAAGAUAGUUCUGUUAAAGUCAGUGCUAUCAGUGAUGUGGAUACAUUGACUAAGGAAUAUCCAUUGUUAGCAGCUGUAAACAGGGCUGCCAAUACUGUUGAAAGACAUAAAGCCAGGCUUAUUUUUCUGGAAUAUGAAGGCAAACAAGAAAUCACAAAAACACUAUUUAUUGUUGGCAAGGGUAUAACCUAUGACACUGGUGGAACAGAUAUUAAGGCUGGAGGUGUGAUGGCUGGCAUGCACAGAGACAAGUGUGGUGCUGCUGCAGCUGCUGGCUUUAUGAAGGUCAUAGAUUCAUUAAAACCAGAUCAUUUAAGAGUUGUAGCUGCUUUGUCGAUGGUGAGAAACAGCGUUGGAGAAGAGAGCUAUGUUGCUGAUGAAAUUAUAACAUCUCGUGCUGGUGUAAGAGUGCGGGUUGGCAAUACAGAUGCUGAAGGGAGAAUGGUUAUGGCUGAUGUUUUGUGCCAUAUGAAAGAGAAGGCUUUAGAAGCAGUAAACCCUCAGCUAUUUACCAUUGCCACUUUGACAGGACAUGCUAUUCGUGCUGUCGGCCCUGAUUAUUCUAUUAUCCUGGACAAUGGGCCAGCCAGAAAUCUUAACACAGCUCAGAAUAUUCAAGAAAGUGGGGAACAGUAUGGAGAUCCUUUUGAAAUCUCCACCAUCAGAAGAGAGGACUAUGAGUUUCAUAAAGGUAAAUCAGAGUAUGAAGAUGUUCUUCAAUGCAACAACAGUCCAUCAACUUUGACCAAUCGUGGACAUCAAACUCCUGCAGCUUUUCUUAUCAUGGCAUCUGGUUUAGAUAAGCACGGCAAAGAUUCCAGCCAACCCCUGCCUUAUUCUCACAUUGACAUAGCAGGAUCCAGUGGGCCCUUUCCAGGAUUACCAACAGGUGCCCCCAUUGUUGCAUUGUCAGCAGCAUUUCUGUUUCAGCAAAAUCAGCUUACAUGCAAAAGUGAACCAAUUUGAAUAUAUAUAAGUUACAUUCUAUUAUUUGUUUUGUGUCUUCAUACACAUUUCUUGAGUCAAGGUUUUUGUUAAGAAGACAUGAAUGUUAUAAAAAUACAUUUUUGAAAUAGUAGCUGUCCUAAAGGAACAAAACAAGUGCAGAAGAAGGUGUGGCCUAUAACAAACUGUUGAAUCCAACAUUUCCAAAGAUUAGUGCAAAUUUACUAAUACACUUGAGUUUACAAGUUUAUCAAGAGAGAAGAAAUAUAGUAAUUAGUUACUUUUUUUUUUUUUAAAUGUUCUUUUUUGUGUAAAAACUUUUUAAGAACUAUUUGUUUAAUAGAUUACAAUCAAUUACUAAAAUGUCUAUUUACUAUAGGCCUAAUUAUAUUUGUGUAUAAUUUAUUCUUUUAAAAUGUAUUCCAAACUGUCAUAUUAUUUGUGUGAAUGUGUUUGUUUGUUAGAUGUGAACUGAUUUUAUUUGAUAUAAUUUUGUUAAAAUAAACAGCUACAAAAAAACA